UCACUCCCUCGCUCGAUCCCAAACACUGUUCCCUUUUUCUCUUCGCGCUCGCUGCUUUCGAUCCGUGCUCCGGUUUUCAUUGAGGAUUUUUGGCGAACAUUUGGAGAGAAGAAGAGGCGAUUGUUUCUCAAUUCCGGCGUAUGAUCUAGAGGCGUGGGACUUUCGUUCGGCACUAGGAGAUCUACGACAAUCCGAGAAACAAAUUCAGUACAUCAAAGGCUUUUUAAAUAUUAAGAGAUCUUUAUAAAGGUGCAUUGAAUGAGGAACAAUAAAAUUCUGAUUCCUGGGUCUUGAACUUUGUUACUUGAUAUCUGUCGGGGCUAAUUUUUAUCUCUUCUGAUUCAAUUCAGCCACAUGCGCAUUUUGAUAUCCGUAGCUCUUUGAUGUGAGAAUUCACUGUCUUCAAAAAAUGUCAUUAACUGGUAUGUGGCUGGCCAACUUUUAUCAAGGAAGAAACAGUCUUGCAAGCAGCUGUAGAAUAAAAUUGCUUAGGUUUCAUACUGUAUUGGCUUCCAAAGAAGUGGUUUGCCCAAGAAAACAGAUCCUGCGACCAACCACGGCAACAGUAGAAGAAAGAAAGCAGAAAUCUAACAAGAAGAAAGCAUGCAAGAACAAUCUAAUUAUCCCCAAAACAGUGGGAUCACCAGCAAACAUACAUGUAGUGGAAACUAAAGAUCAUGAACCUAAGACUCUGCAAAAUAUUGGCAUCCAACAGAAGGUAACAGAAAACGGAGUCAUUGACAGACCUGCUGUGUUUAUUGUUGUUGAUAUUGAAACCACAGGAUUCAGUCGUACUAAAGACAGAAUAAUUGAGAUUGCAUUCCGAGAUCUUAAUGGAGGGAAGAACAGCACAUUCCAAACUCUUGUCAGGCCUGAUAAACUCAUAUUGAAUGAUAAUAUCCACGGUAUCAGUUCUCAAAUGGUCAACAGGCCUGGUGUUCCAAGGUUCGAUGAGCUGAUUCCGAUAAUACUGCAAUAUGUAAAGAGCCGUCAAAUUGAUGGCAAACCAGUUGUUUUUAUUGCCCACAAUGGACGUCGAUUUGAUAUACCAUUCAUUAUCAGAGAAUUCCAGCGCGGUUCAUCAGAAAUUCCCGAUGAUUGGCUAUUCUUCGAUACGCUUCCUCUUGCAAACAAAUUGGUGAAACCAGAUGGUUCAAAGCUAGAGUCAGUAUCCUUAAAUGCUCUACAAGAACAUUACAAAGUCCCUUUAAUCGGUCCGGCGCACAGGGCAAUGCAAGACGUUAUAACAUUAUCGUCCGUGUUUUCAAGAAUCGCAUUUGAUCUAAGACUAACAUUUCCCGAAAUCAUGGAUAGAGUUUUCCGAGCUUCGGAUUUAGUCAAGCAUGGACAAUGAAAAGCAUAGAUGCAAUGUGAUUUAGAAUGAAAAAGAACUUUUGUAUUUAUUACAAUUAUUUUUUUCAAAUUUAUUUCUUGUUACUUAGG